CCGGCCAUUGCCUUUGCCACACACCAAGGGAGCAAACCAACCAACAAACAAACUCCAAUCCCUUCUUCUUCUCCAUCCAUCCAUCCUAGAUUCCUAGUACACCUUUUGUCUCUCCACCACCCAACAACACACACAGACACAAGCUAGAGCUCCAACCAAAAUGCCAGCGGCGGCGGCAGUGGCGGCGGUGUCGUCGGCGGCGGCGACGGGGACGACGCGGUGGUGCCCGACGGCGGAGCAGCUGAUGGUGCUGGAGGAGAUGUACCGGGGCGGGCUGCGCACCCCGAACGCGUCGCAGAUCCAGCAGAUCACGGCCCACCUGGCCCACUACGGGCGGAUCGAGGGGAAGAACGUCUUCUACUGGUUCCAGAACCACAAGGCCCGCGACCGCCAGAAGCUCAGGCGGAGGCUCUGCAUGACCCACCACCUUCUCUCCUGCGCCGCCGCCGCCGCCGCGGUCCAGCAGGCCCAGCACCACCACUACUACGCUGCCGCUGCCGCUGCAGGGCAGUUUCUUGGGGGCCCAGCUGGAGGAGGAGCCGGGCAUCCCAUGGCCCAGCAGCAGCAGCAGCAGUACUACUCGGCGGCGUCGGCAAUGGCGUGCCCUGCCGGCGGCUUCGACCAGCACCACUACCAGCUGCUCCCGGCGUCGCCCAUGGCCGCCGCCUGCUACCCGGCCCAGCUGCAGCCCAGCAGCCGAUGCGCCGGCGGCGUCUCUCCGGUGCCGGCGCCGGCCCAGCCCAACCAGUUCUUGCAGUACCAGCAGCAGGGAGGAGGGUCGCCGGAGUUCUCGCUGGGGAGGCUGGGGAGCUUCGGAGUGGUGGUGGACCAGGAAGAGGCCGACACGUGUCGCUCGGGAUACGACUACCAGCAGCAGCUGGCCGCGGCGAGGAUGGAAGCAGCAGAGACGACGUCCUUCUGCAGGCCGCCGCUGAAGACGCUGGAGCUCUUCCCCGGAGCCUCCGUCAAGGACGAGCAGCUCGCCUGAUUAAAAUUACUACUCCUAGCUUAGCUCAGCUCAUCGGUGGAUCCAAGCCGUACCUUGCACGCGCGCACGCAUCGUAGCGUAGCGUAGCUAGGUAGCCGCGAUAUAUCUCAAUUUGUACUACCAGCUAGCAGUGGCCAGUGGAGAAGUACGGUUGAUGUCUCUAGCUUAAUUAGCCGCAAAAUUAAUUAAUGCAUGCUGCUGUGUACGUACGUAAUUUCCAUCCAUUUUUAAUUUAAUUAGUCAAACAGUUACUACUACUAA